AUGGCGCUGGAAGGAUCCAGCAGUUAUGUUGCUCCCAACAACCUUACGGAGCCCGCAGAUGACUCCCUCCCCAUCUUCGACGUGCAACGAGUGCAGCUCCAGUUCCAGAUCGCUGCGGACUUCGUGGCAGCCCAAGUCGCCAACAAUGUCCUAGUGUUGGCGCUCUCUACAGGUCGGAUUCUUCGGAUCGAUCUAGAUACCCCUGAGGAUAUUGAUGAUAUCGACCUCCCUAAGAAGUCCUCGGAGACCGGUCUCAUCCGGCGCAUGUUUAUGGAUCCCUCUGCGUCUCACUUGAUCAUCAGUACCACCCUCGGCGAGAACUACUACCUCCACACCCAAUCGCGACAGCCCAAGGCCUUGUCCCGGUUAAAGGGCGUAUCUAUCGAAAGUGUUGCCUGGAACCCCUCUCUGCCGACUGCCUCUACCCGUGAAAUAUUACUAGGUGCCACCGACGGCAAUGUCUAUGAGACCUACAUCGAGCCGUCUACGGAGUUCUAUCGACGCGAGGAGAAAUAUGUCACUGCGGUUUACAAAGUGCCAGAAGCCUCCCCAGUGACUGGGAUAUCUGUCGAACCCGUUCCUUCAAAGCCCGAGCAAAGGCGAAUUCUUCUCGCAACAUACGGGAAGUUGACGCACUUCCUAGGUCGGACAGGAGCUGCGAAGCACGGGCGCGAAGGCGGCGGGUCUAUAUAUACAGAUCUGUUUCAACGCGAAACGCCAUCGAUACAUGAUGUUUCAAAUCCAUCUGCCUCUGCGCCUUCUUCGCUGGCUGUUUCCUCAUCCUCCUCAUCUGAAACUCAUGCAGAGGGGUAUACCGAAAAGGAGUUUGCAUGGCUUAGCUCGCAAGGCAUCUACCAUGGCCAGCUUGCAUCUUCGGCCCCAUUUGAAAAGGCCAAAAUGAUUUCUCGAUCCAAGUUUCCUGCCUCCCAGUCUGCCCGAGGUGGUAAAAAGCUCAUACAGGAUCCCAUUACCGCUGUGACCUUGUCACAAUGGCAUGUGUUGGCACUUGUUGAGGGAAGAGUGGUUGCCGUCAAUCGCCUCAAUGGGGAGAUUGUGUACGAUGAGGCCGUGCUGGAGCCUAGACAAAAAAUCUUCGAGGUUGUAGCCAACGACGAAGAUAGAGACGUAUGGAAAGUUCUCCUGAAGGAGAAGAAAUUUGAUGAGGCACUUCAUUUUGCCAAGAGCCAGGCCCAGAGCGACGCUAUCUUGACUGCAUCCGGCGAUUUCUUGGCUGGAGAGGGUAAUUUCCUCGAAGCCGCCAAAGUAUGGGGCAAAAGCAGCAAAGGGUUUGAGGAGGUGUGCUUGACCAUGGUGGACAACAAGGAAUACGAUGCCCUGAGGAAAUACUUGCUUUCUCAACUAUCGAUGUACAAGAAAGCAUCUAUCAUGCAGAGGUUGAUGGUAGCCAGCUGGCUUGUGGAGCUUUUUAUGUCAAAGCUGAAUUCUUUGGAUGAUGAUAUUGCUACAAAGGCAGAAUUGAUUGAAGGUGUCACCCCUGGGGAGAUUCAAGAUCAACUUGGCAGUGUCCGAAGUGAGUUCCAGGAAUUCGUGAAGAACUACAAAUCGGACCUGGACAAAAAGACCGCGUAUGACAUCAUUAGCAGCCACGGGCGAGAAGAAGAGUUGCUUUUCUUUGCAACCGCUACCAACGACCAUAACUACGUUCUAUCCUACUGGAUCCAAAGAGAAAAGUGGUCGGAGGCUCUCAACGUCCUGCAACGGCAAAGCGAGCCUGAUGUCUUUUACAAGUAUAGCAGUGUGCUCAUGACACAUACUGCUACCGGUUUAAUAGAGAUUCUCAUGCGGCAAACGAACCUUGACCCCGAGAAGCUCAUUCCCGCGCUAUUGAAUUACAACAAGACGACCAAUGUCUCCCUCAGCCAAAACCAGGCAGUUCGCUACCUUAACUAUAUCAUCAUCAACCAUCCCAAGCCAGCUGCAGCUGUGCACAACACGCUCAUCUCAAUCCAUGCCUCGAGUCCAUCUUCCUCGGAAGGUGGACUUCUCACAUAUCUCCAAACACAGCCAUCUUCACCACCUCCCUACGACGCAGACUUCGCCCUUCGCCUCUGUAUUCAACACAAGCGAGUCCAGUCAUGCAUCCAUAUCUACAGCGCUAUGGGUCAGUACCUGCAGGCAGUAGAGCUGGCUUUGGACCACAACGACAUCGAUCUUGCAGCCAUCGUUGCCGACCGUCCUGAAGGCAACAACAAGCUCCGUAAGAAACUGUGGCUACUGGUGGCCGAGAAAAAGAUCCGUCAACCAGGAACAGGUAUCAAAGAUGCAAUGGCAUUUCUGGGCCGCUGCGAACUUCUUCGCAUCGAGGAUCUCAUCCCAUUUUUCCCUGACUUCGUUGUCAUUGACGACUUCAAAGAUGAAAUCUGCACUGCCUUGGAAGAAUAUUCGCGCCACAUUGAUGAAUUGCGCCGGGAGAUGGAUAACUCGGCACAGACGGCCCGGAAAAUUCGCAAUGAGAUUGCGGACUUAGAUUCCCGUUACGCUAUCGUGGAACCUGGUGAGAAAUGCUGGAUCUGUUCCCUUCCCCUGCUGAGUCGCCAAUUCUUCGUCUUUCCGUGCCAACACGCCUUUCAUAGCGACUGCUUAGGCAAGGAGGUGUUGGAAGGCGCUGGGGGGAAGAAGAAGUAUAUUCGAGAUUUGCAGACACAACUCAGCAAGGGCGACAUCUCUACAUCACGGAGGGAGGAGAUCGUCAAGGAACUGGACGGACUUGUUGCCGAGGCUUGCAUCUUAUGCGGUGACCAUGCCAUCAAGCAAAUCGACAAACCCUUCAUCACAGCUUCGGACGCCUCGAACGAAUGGGCCCUAUAA